GUGACCUCUGGCGUUUGUUUUCAUACAAGUAUCUGGCAACUCUGCUUGGCUUAUCCGAGACACGAGGGCAACAACAAACAGGCCCAGCCUCGCCACCUCAAGAGCAGACUUGCAACAUUGGUCCGCAGCGCGUAAGUACUCCUCUACUCGAUCAAAUUAUUGAUUUCAUCCCCUAAGCUUUCCAGUUUACAAGAUGGAUUCAAGCAGCGGGAAAGGAGAUAACCCACAUCACAAAGUACAAUACGAAAAUUUCCCACAAGCUGACCCCCAGCCUGCCAACCCUCCUCCUGAAGAGAUGGAGUCUGGACCUGAAGAAAAUAUCAACAGGAAGGGGGAAGAACAAGUAGCUGCUGAUGGCAUGUUUCCAGACGAGGAGUCCUUGGUUCCAGAUGACAGUGAUGCUCGCUGGAUGGGGUUCGGACGGCCCAUAAAAGAACGUCCAAAUGCAGUCAUGCCAGUGAAGAGGGACGCCACUGAAUAUAAUAUGAACCACAAGAAAAGAGGAACGGCCAUAAUACUGGUCCAUGAUAGAUUUGAUAGUGAUCUCAAGCCACGAGACUGUGCCAGACAUGAUACAGACAUCAUCAAGAAUGCCCUCACAUGCCUCAGCUUUCAUGUUGAGGAAUCUUGGAACCUCACCAGGUCCGGGCUUUACAGGAAACUUAACGAAGUGAGCUGUCGUGAUCACCAGGACAGUGACUGCUUGGUGAUAGUGUUCAUGAGUCAUGGCGGUGUUGACCAUUUCAACAAGGAGUACUUGUGUACCAAAGAUGGCCGUUUUGACACGACAGAGCUUUGGAAAAGCUUCACUGCUGAUAAAUGUCCAAGCCUUGCAGGGAAACCAAAGCUGUUCUUCAUCCAGGCAUGCAGGGGUAUGCGCACUGACAAAGGUGUACGAAUGAAGCAUCCUAAAGGUCUCGGUGUUCAGACAGACUCCUAUUCGAAACCUGAUUAUGUCAUUCCACUGCAUGCUGACAUGCUCAUUAUGUGGGCCUCUUAUCCUGGGAUGUAUGCAUUCAAGUCCAAUAAUAAUGGAAUAAGUGGAAGUGUGUUUAUCCACUUUCUUGCCAAAGUAUUCUCAGAAGAUGGACGGAGUGCUGACUUGCCCACCUUGCUUUUACGGGUAACCCGGGAGGUGGCAACUCUGUACGAGUCCUACCACCCAGUCAAUAAGGACCUAGACCAGAACAAACAGAUUCCCUACAUAGUCUCCACUCUGAUGCGUAAAGUCUACUUCCCUGUGAAAACCUAGCAGCAGCUUAGCCAUCUCCUUAUCUAACAAGGGUUUGCUGACUUUUGAACAUUGUGUACCAGUUUAUAAUUGAUGCCAUUUUCUUUUUUACUGCCACCAGGGCUUCCACUAGGAUAUUUUCCACAAGAGUCCUAAAUGCAUGGGCACUUUCGUCCAUAGCUAGAACUUGGGGGUCUCAUGUAUAAUUUUGAGGGUUCAAUCCAUUAACAUAUUGUUAUACCCUACAUGAUCCUCAGAAAUUAACGAAAAGACAUCAGUUUAUAGUAUUCCUAAAUGGCUUGUUUAACUUGUUGCAUGUUUGAAAAUGAAGCAAUGUGCCCCCUACCAACCUUGCAGACAUGUGUAUUAGCUAUGGGAGGGUUGAUGUGUCUCAGCCAGCUGGCAGGCAGACUCUGACUCAUAAACUACACCUGUACUUAAUGCAUUCUUUCUGCAGUACUUGGUUUAUCAUUGACGAUAGAGUGAUUAGUAAUUAUGUGACAGUACGCAGUUUAGAAUUGAAUUUAUUGCAGGUUUUUGCCAACCAUUUUUUUUAGUGAAUGCAAAAUGUCUCCAUGGUGCAGUGGUUAGCAUGUCUCACUACGAAUCCCGAAUACCGGCCUGGGCAGGCAGCGCACAACCCACCUACUUAAAUAUAGCUGUUCAUCCUUUAGGGAUGGUCGAUAAAUUGGUAUGUGAGGAAACCUAGGGAAGGAAAAAUGUGGUAAUCAAGAUGUCACACUGGGCCUACCAAAGGCUCAAGGGCCAAUGGUUCGGAGAUGAGCACUUCCGCCACAUGCAGCUGCAGGCCCCCAACUUUGGCUUUACCCAAGCGUCUGGGUGAAAGAGGAGGGAAGUCUUGUUAAUGUUAAUGUCAAUGUUGAUGUCAUUGAUUUGGGAUCUUAUCACUUGAUAUUCCACUCCUGGUGCCUUAAUAUGUUUGUGCUUUUCUCUGUUUGUAGUUUAAAACUAUUUCAUAGAUUGUUACUAAUUGAAUUUGGCCAUUUUUAUAGCUUAUCAAAUGUAAAACAAUUAGAAAUUGAUAAUUUUUAUAUACUACAAAAAAUAUUUAGUUAUUAUCUAGUUUUUACUGACAGUUUUAGUGAGAUGUUGAAUAUAUAUUGAAAGAUUUAUA